AUGUCAGCGGCUCAAAGUGAAGAGGAGCGGGAGAUCCAGGAUCAUAUAUCAGAUUCGCAUAGCGAUGAUGAAAAUGAUCUUGAUUCCCACGACGUUGGCAAUGUUGUAGACUCGUCUGAAGAGGAUGAAGAUGAUGACGACGAUCCAGAGGCCAUUCAGAAAGUACGUGAAGGUUUCAUCGUUGACGAUGACGAUGACGACAAUGACAACGGCGACGCGGCACAAACCAAAAAGUCUAGGCGGAAACGUCGGGCUGAAGCCGAGAGAAAAGUCCGUGAUGACGAAGAAUUGGAUGAGGACGAUCUCGAACUUCUCAGGGAGAACUCAGGUGCUUUGCCGGCCCAUUUGGCGGAGAAGUCCAAGUUCAAGAGACUCAAAAGAGCUGAUGAUUCUGGAGCCUCAGAAGGCCCUCGUGGUCUGACCGAGAUGUUCUCUGAUGAAGAAGAGGCCGCUGAGCCCGAGGAGGAAGACGAUGAGCAAAGGCCUCGUCAGCAAUUGGACGAGUUCGAUGGUUUCAUUGAAGACGAUGAAUUUUCUGAAGACGAAAACCGUGACGAAGAAGUUGCAAGAAUGCGCCGUAAUGGAAGAGCCAUGAAUCAGCUCGCUCACUCAUCCAUUGACAACGACAAGCUAGGCGAGCUGUAUGAAAUUUUCGGUGAUGGCGAGGAAUACGACUGGGCUUUGCAAUUGGAGGAGGAGAACGAAGUUGAGACCGAGGAGAAUGCACAGCCCAAGACCCUGGAGGAAGUGUUUGAGAUGUCCGAACUGAAGGAACAUUUGCUAACCGAAGAGGAUGAUCUGAUUCGUAUGUCUGAUGUCCCAGAAAGGUUCCAGGCCCUGAGAAAGGGAAUUGAGCAUUACGAUCUUUCAGAGGAAGAAUUUGCCUUGGAACAGGACUGGGUUGCUAACGAGCUAAUGAAGGAGAAGGCUGCGAUGCUGGCGCAACAGACCUUUCUGUUGGAACCCUUCAAGGCCUCUGUCAAAACCGUUCUGGAAUUUAUCUCAAGGGAACUUCUGGAAGUUCCUUUCAUUUGGAGUCAUCGUAGAGACUUCCUACUGCACACAUAUCGCGAAGAUGGGGCAUUAAAGGUUUCUAAGCUGCUGAGCGAGCACGAUCUUUGGAGACUGGUUGAACUUGACUUGGAGUACCAUCGAAUCUACGAGAAGAAGCUUGCGAUCCAAAACGUUUACAAGUCCAUUGGUGUUUUCGACUCUCUCUACGAGGAGUAUAUCAAGUCUUCACGCUCCAUGGUGGAAUUGCAGGACAUCCACGACUACCUUUCCUUCACAUAUUCAGCUGAGAUCAAGGACGCUGUUUUCUCGAAUGGAGACCUCAAGUCUAAAAAGCAUUCAAAGUACGUUGUGUACGAGAAAGUGAGGGCAGACCCUCUUUACGAAGUGGUGAAGGCCGUUGGUAUUUCAGCCCAAGAAUUCGGUGAGAACGUUUCAACCAAUCAGAAGCUUUAUCAGACUGAAGACCCCGAACAAUCUCCAGAACAAAUGGUAGCUGCCGUUGUCGAAGCUGGUGAAAGCUUUUUGGCUACUGAUGACAAGGCCCUUGAGGCUGUGAAACACAUGUAUGCUGAGCAGUUGCUCCAUGAUCCAAGACUGAGAACCACGUUGAGACUGGCUUUCCAGAAUUAUGCCAAUAUUGACAUUGUUCUCACGGAAAAGGGUAAGGUCAAGAUAGACGAGAACAGCCCUUAUGCUGAUUUCAAAUACGCCAUCAAUAGGCCUACUGAAUCGUUUAGUUUCCACCCGGACCUGUUCUUAAGGAUGUUGGAAGCAGAACAGCUGGCUCUGGUUGAGAUCAAGAUUUAUCUCAAGUCGUUUGACUCCUUCACGGAUCAUUUGUACGGUUCGUUAGCCUCUGAUGGAACCUCAGAUGUGUCCGCAGCUUGGAACACUUUGAGGCGCUCUGCCGUUGAAAUCGCGAUGAAGAAGCUGGUCCCUAUUGUUUCUUUGAAUGUCAAAGAAAAGCUCCGUGCCACCUCUGAGAGGCUUCUUUUCUACGAUGUUAGAGAAGAAUUCCUAAGAAAGGUAGACCAGGCUCCUUACCAGCCCGCUGGAUACUCUAAGGGAACCAUUCCCAGAGUUUUGGCUGUUUCUAAUGGCCGCGGAGAAAGGGACGACGCAGUGAUUGCAGUUAUGAUCGAUGAUGAAGGAAGACUCGUUGAAUCCGUGAAAUUCGAAGAAAAGCUCAAGAAUCCAGAGUUUGACCGCUCCUUCCUCAAGGUGAUCGAAAGACUACGUCCAGAUGUGAUUGCCGUUUCCGGCUACAACGUCAAUGCGAAAAUGUUGCACCAGACGGUUUCGGAGGUGAUCAGAAAGAACGACGUCCGUGUCAACAACGAUCCGCAAGAAGAGCUCACGUUCGAGACAGACGAUGGCGAGGCUCCAUUGCUGGAGGUUAUGUGGGUGGCUGAUGAGACGGCAAAGCUGUAUCAGCACUCCAAGAGAGCUGAAAAGGAGUAUUCCGACAAGCCUGUUGUUGCGCGGUUCUGUGUCGCUUUGGCUCGUUAUGCGCAAUCGCCUCUGCUGGAGUACAUUGCUCUAGGCGAGGAUUUGCCUUCUCUGUCUAUCCACAAGCAUCAGACGCUGCUCUCUCCCGACAGAGUUGUUCAAGCCAUUGAAACUGUUCUCGUGGACAUCACCAACAUGGUGGGAAUCCACAUAAACGAUGCAGUCAGAGACCCAUAUAAGGCACUGGCUUUGCAGUAUGUUGCUGGUCUUGGGGCCAGAAAAGCCUCGGGAUUGGUGCAGAAGAUCCAGGCCAAUGAUGGUGCUUUGAAUAGCAGGCAGGAGCUAGUGACCAAAGAGCUGAUGUCGAGGCACGUGUUUAUCAACUGUGCCUCUUUCCUAAUCAUUGACUACGAUGAGAGUAUGGAGGCUGAUGGAGAGCCGCUGGACAGUACCAGAAUCCAUCCAGAAGACUAUGAUCUGGCUCGCAAGAUGGCCACUGAUGCCCUUGACUUGGACGAAGGCGAUCGUGAAAUUGUUGAGCGUGAACGUGGUGGGGUUAUCAAUUAUCUUUACCAGAAGGGCACAGAAAAGCUAGACGAUUUGAUUAUCGAAGAGUACGGUGACGAGCUUGAGAAGCACAACCAGCGUAAGCGUGCCACACUGCAAACCAUCAAGGAGGAGCUCCAAGGAAGUUAUGACGAAUUGCGCCGUAGCUUCAACAGACUAUCGGAAUCGGAAGUGUUCAGAAUGCUCACCGGAGAAUCUGAGGAGACUUUCCACCCUGGUGCGGUUAUUCCAGUGAGUUUGAGAAGGGUCGAUGACCGGUUUUUGGUCGCGGUCACUCAGUCAUUGAUUGAAGGUAAUAUUCGCAGAUCCCAUAUGCUUGAGCAGAGCGAUUACCGGUCUCCAAGUCAGGUGUUCACUGUUGGUGAGACUUUGAGAGCAGCUGUGAUUUCGGUGGACUACUCGGCUUUCAAGGCCGAUCUUUCGCUUUUGAAGGAAGACAUUUCAAACGCUACCACCAAGUACAUCGAGAAGUACGAGGGAACGUGGGAUUUCGGUGCUGAACAGGCGGACAAGAAGAUCGAGCAGAACAAGGUUGCGACUGAAAACCGUGCCAAGCGGGUGAUCAAACACCCUUACUUCCGUAACCUUAACAGCCAGCAGGCCGAAGACUAUCUGGCACCCCUCCAGGUUGGAGAGUACGUGAUCAGACCUUCUUCGAAGGGUAAUAACCAUUUGGUGGUCACAUGGAAGGUGGACGACCAGUUGUUCCAGCACGUUGAUGUGGUGGAACACGGCAAGGCCACUGAAUAUUCUCUUGGCAGAGUUCUUCAGGUUGGCGAGUUCAAGUACUCUGACUUGGAUGAAUUGCUGGUUGGCUAUAUCGGCUCCGUAGUCCAAAAGGUGGAGGACAUGGUGAACCACGAGAAAUUCCGCAAAGGCACAUUGGACGAGACAAAACAAUGGCUUGAAAGAUACUCAGCUGCAAACAAGAAUCGCAGUUGCUACACCUUCUGCUAUAACCGCAAGUCGCCCGGCUGGUUCCUGCUGCUUUUCAAGCUUUCCCCGAGCUCCGAGAUCCGCACGUGGCACGUGAAGGCGCUGCCAACCGGCUACUCGUUCUCCGGCAACGUUUACCCUGAUAUGACUUCGUUGUGCAAUGGUUUUAAGACAGUGGUAGCGAACCGUCAAAGACCUACUGAGCACCGUCGCGGGCCUCCUGCUGCGGCUGCCGGUUACGGCUACGGUGCGUAUAGUGGCUAUGGUGGAUAUUGA